GCCGGGCGGCGGCGGCGGCGGGGAUGGCGGUGUGGACGCGCGCGGGCAAGGCGGGCGGCGUGGAGGUGCUGGUGGGCGAGCGGUGGGUGCGGGCGCGGGCCGAGCUGAGCGGGGAGGCGCUGACGCUGCUCUCGGAGCCGCCCCACGACGGGCUGCCCAACGGCGGCGGGGCUGAGCGCGGCCGGGGGGCGGCGGGAGGGAGCCCCGCGGGGCGCAUCCGGGAGCCGCCCGCCUCGCCCCCGCUGUCGGCCUGCGCGUCGCCGUGGGGAGGGCCGUCGGCGGGCCGGGCGGGCUGCGGGGCCGGGCCGGGGUCUCCUCCUCCUCCUCCUGCCGGGGGGGUGCGGCGGGUGCGGGUGGUGAAGGCGGAGGCGGGCGGGCUGGGGCUGAGCAUCAAGGGCGGCCGCGAGAACCGCAUGCCCGUCCUCAUCUCGCGCAUCUUCCCGGGGCUGGCGGCCGAGCGCUGCGGGGCCCUCCGCCUGGGCGACGCCAUCCUCUCCGUCAACGGCGUCGACCUCCGCGACGCCACCCACGACCAGGCCGUGCAGGCGCUCAAGCGGGCCGGCAGGGAGGUCCUCCUCGAAGUGAAAUACAUGCAGGAGGCCAGCCCCUACAUCAAGAAACUGUCGCUUGUCUCGGAUUUGCCGUGGGAUGGGGCUGCCCCCCAGUCACCCAGUCUCAGCGGCAGCGACGAUUCUGGAUCCCCCAAGCACUACAGCCCCGCCAAGGACUUCAAGGUCAUUCCCUUGAAAAUGUGCUACGCUACGAGGAACCUGAGCAUGCCAGAUCUGGAGAACAGGUUGAUAGAGCUGCAUUCCCCCGACUGCCGGAACACCCUGAUCCUCCGCUGCAAGGACUCGGCCUCGGCACACUCCUGGUUCAUGGCCAUCCACACCAACAUCAUGGCUCUCCUCCCACAGGUGUUGGCUGAGCUCAACGCCAUGCUGGCCGCGGGCAACAGUCCAAGGAGCGGCAGGGAAGUUAAGCAGGUGGCGUGGCUGGCCGAGCAGACCAGGCUGGACGGAGGAAGGCAGCGCUGGCAGCCUGUUCUCGUGGCUGUGACGGAGAAGGACUUGCUGCUGUACGACUGUGUGCCACGCACCAGGGACGCCUGGGCAGCCCCCUGCCACAGCUACCCGCUCCUGGCCACCAGGCUAGUCCACUCAGGUGCCGGACGCAGCUCUCCCUGCAUGGGAUCUGACCUCACAUUUGCCACGAGGACGGGAACUCGUCAGGGCAUCGAGAUGCACGUCUUCCGUGCAGAGACGCACCGGGAUCUCUCCUCCUGGACCCGAAUCCUGGUCCAAGGCUGCCAUUCGGCUGCAGAGCUGAUCAAAGAGGUGUCUUUAGGCUGCGUGUUGAACGGCCAGGCCGUCCGCCUCCAAAUCCACUAUGAAAACGGCUUCACUGUCUCCAGAGAGGAGGGAGGCUCUGCCAGCAUCCUUUUCUGCUACCCGUUUGAGAAGCUGAAAAUGUCGGCAGAUGACAGCAUCAGGAACCUCUACUUGGAUUUUGGGGGACCAGAGGGGGAGCUGAAAGUGACGUUGCCGUGUGCUGCUUCCUCCGCAGGCGCUGGAGCUGCACUCCUGCCCGAAGCCCGUCGUGUUCAUCCUGCACACGUUCUUGUCAGCCAAAGUGACCCGCAUGGGGCUGCUGGUGUAGCCGCCGGGGGUCGCCUGGAGAACCUCUGCGGGGGCUCCUCCCAGCCUCAGUGCCUUGUCCCGGACUUGCUGCCUGUUGGAUGCUUUGCCUGCCAAAGACCCGUGGCCACGGAGGGCUGCUGCUCUUGCUGGAUGCUGUCCUGAGAGAGAGGUGGCCGCAACAGACAGAGGAGAACGACAACUGUGGGCAGGGGGGGCACUGCCCUUGCUUGCCCUCUGUUCCUGGCGGCUGGCUGCAAGAGGGCAGGUGGGAGGAGGAGGAGGAGGAAGCGCCCAGCAUUUCAAAGCCAUUUCUUCUGCUGCUGCUGCUUGCCAAACGUGCCUUUUGGUGUCGGAAGAGGAGACACUCCGCUGAGGGACAAGCCAGAGGCGUCCUGGAUCCAGCCUUUUAGGGCUUCGUUCUGCACCUCUUGUAGGCAGGGGGGACGGUACUGGGGGGGGCUUAACCAUGGAGGGCAGGUGGGUCAGAACUCCCCCUCCCUCCCUUUUGUGCCAAAGAUCCGAUCAGAAAGGGGAAUGCUCCGUUUUGCCCCAUUUGAGUGCUGGCCCCCUGUGGCGGCUUGAGAGCGGAGUUUCUUCUUGCCCCAGCCCUGGUUUAGGGAGGGCAGACUCGAGAAGCCGUGGGGCAUGGUGCAGGUGGCCUUUGUGGAAGACCGAGGACCCCUCCUGCCUGGGUUGGGGCUGGCGUGGCCAGGCACCUUCUGCCGGUUCCGACUUGACAGGGAGACGCCCUCUGGCAGCCUGGACUUCGAGCGGCCGAUCCUUGCAGGUCCAGAGCCUCGGCCAGGGAGGUUGGGGAUCUCCCAGCAUGCUCCUGUCUCCGUGCUGGCCUGUUUCUAGCCCCAGCCUUGGGGGUCUUUCUCACUGUGAUCACCUGAGCUGGACAGUGCAGAGCCUUAAGCCAAGAGAUUCCUCCUCCUCCUCUGUUUCCUCAAGGAAGAGGCUGGUGGGGGAGGGGGUCACGGCAGUCACGUGGGUUUCAACUCCCUUUCAGGUCUGCCUUUGCUGCCACAAGGACUGGCAGUUUCACAGUUAACCAAAAGGAGAGAUUCAUGUCUUUGGUACCAGAACGCAGACCUUCCUUUUGGCCCACGAGACGCUGCCUUUCCUUGGCCCACAGACCCACUGAGUCCCUUGGCCCCAAUGCCAGGGGCAGAGAUGGGGGAGGCUGCAAAAUAGUUCACCCUUUGCUGUGACUGGCAAGCCCAAAGUGCCUUCUUCUUCUUCUUCUUCUCCCAGAGUGGGAGAGAGCCUCCUUCCCAGACUGCCAUCCAGGGGCUCCAGGCUCAAGAGAGAAGCUGCAGAAUGGAAGCUUCUCACAAUCCAAAGGAACAGCUUGCUUAGCUGGGGGGUGGGGGUGGGCAGAUCAGGUGGAAGCUAUGGACCAAAUUGCAGAGGGGGGGGGAACCCCCAGGUAUUGAUGGGGCUGCUGGUGCUUCUGAAAGGGAGCAUCCUGGGCAGGGGAGGGACGGGGCUGACUGGCCAGAGAAAUGGGCUGAAGUCAGGUGCUGCGUCCAGGAGCAUCUCCUCCUGCCUAGUUGCAGCCAGGAAGACUGCACUGGAAAGGUGAAGUUCUGCUAUCGGAUUUGAUAUGCAGAGUUGACUGCAGUAGCCUGCAAAUCUGAAAGGUUUUCCACAGAAAGUGGGUGCUGAAGGGAAAGUAGUCUGGUCUAGUGGGUGGGGGAGAGAAGAGGCAGAGAAAACAUGGCAUCCUUUCCCACAGGCCUUGGACGUCAUCUAGCUGUAAUCAAGCACCGGGGACGUAGGAGGUUAAGAGCUCGUGUAUCUAAUCUGGAGGAACCGGGUUUGAUUCCCAGCUCUGCUGCCUGAGCUGUGGAGGCUUAUCUGGGGAAUUCAGAUUAGCCUGCGCACUCCCACACACG